AUGAAAUAAUAAUAUAGUGUCAUAUUACCAAUAAAUGCUGAAGUAAACUUUUUGCUCAUCCUAUUUAGAAUUUCUAAAAGGGAAGCAAAUUUGUAGACUAUUUGAUUGACUUCGAUUUGAGUAAAUAAAAUUAGUAAAAAGUUGAAUUGGUAUCAUAAGUAUUAUAUUGAUAUUAAGUUAGUCACCAAUUGUCAAAAUGUAUAUACUCUCUAAUUACUUACCAGAGUUUAUGGUGUAAUUGACAAAUUAGAAAUAGAUUCAAAUUUAAGAGCGUAAGACCUCAUUUGAAAAUUGUGAAUAGAGAAUAUUUAAUGUGGUUUAAUUUUCAGGAAUUGAAGUAGCCAUCAUUGCCAAAGUAACUCCAAAUCCAAAUAGAGCUGCUUAAGUCAUUGAUGUAGUUGCAGAAGAAUUGGAUUAUUUUAAGGGAUAUGAAAAAGAUGUAGAAAGAAAAUUAAGAGACAACUUUGGCAUUUUAGAAAAGAAUAAUUGGUAACGAUUCUGUCCUAACAUUGUUGCUAUUAAUUUAAGUGUUGAAAUCAAUAUCUAUCAAUAUGGUGAUGAGUCAAAUGUAAUUGCAUAAUUCUUAACAGAAAUAAUUAGAAAAUACAUAUUGUAUUUCUAUAAGUCUAUGUUACUUACUUAUAAUGUUUGGUAGGGCAUAAAUGAUUCUGAAUUGUUUAGAAUGAAUAAAUAAGUUCUAUUACAAUAAUAAGAAGUCAAGUUGAAUCUGUAUCAAUAAAUAACAUCUCUAAAAGAUUUAUAAAAGACCUCAUAUAAAGAGUAAUUUAUUAUCAUCAACAUCUAGAUUAAAGAAAAAAUACUUUAAACACUAUCCUAAUCUAUCUUAAUCAACUUUUUCUACUCCUGUCAAAUAAUCUUAAGUUAGUCUAACAAGUUCCUAAACACCUACCAGACCACCUUAAUUGUAGAAAAAAAAAGCAGGAAUGAUUUUGAAAAGAGGAGAUGGACCCAUAGAUUAUAAUUGGAAUCAAAGAUAUUUAGUUUUAGAUGGAUAAACAUUGAUAUAUUUUAAAGAUAGAAAUGAUAAAGUACCAAGAGGAGCCAUAAAUUUAAGGGAAGCUUACAUAUCUCCUAUGUCUACUUUGGAUGAUAGAGAACAUUGUUUUUAUAUUGAAGUGGAAGCUUAGAAUAAUAAAUAAUUCUAUUUCAGUGGUGAAACUUUAGAUGAAACUGAAUAAUGGCAUGAAGAGAUAUCCUAAGCCACAACAGCAGUAGUAUAAACUGAAAAACGACCUUCUUUUGCUGUUACCAAUACAUAUCUAUUGACUGACACAAUCCCUUCAGAAUUAUCUAAAUAUAAAAUAUUGACUAUGCUUGAUGAUCUAUAAUAAUAAUGGCAAUUUCGAAAAUUUAGAAAUGGAGUCAAAAUAUAUGAGAAUCCAAUCUAAAAUAAAAAUAAUAGGAAUUGGAAACUAUAUAUUAUUCUAAGUAUUGUAUUUUGCAUUGGUGUCUAUUUAAAACCUAAUUGGUUACCAUUUUUGAUGGCUUUUUUUGUUGCAGGAUUAUCUGCAUCUUAUUUUAAUAAACAAAAAGCUUAGACUAUACGUGUUUAUGGGAGAAUGGUUUGUGAUGUUGAUUCAACAAAAGCAUUUAGAAUAAUUAAGAAUUUUAAGUUUAAAAAGGUUCUGGAUAGUAAUUUUGUUUAAAUUAAUAAAAUAAAAGAUAAUAACGAAUAAGAAUUUACUGUAAAUUUAUUAAUUUUAAAUAUAGAAAAGAGCUAAAGUACAUUUUAUAAUACAUCCCAUUAGACAAAAAUAAAUUGUAUCUAAACCAGUCAUAAUUCAAAUGAAUUUAUUGAGAUAUCGAUUCAUCAUUAAUAACGGUAAUUCAUUUAUUGUUGACAUUUUGACUUCUGAUAAAAACAAGUUUAAUAUGUUUGAAGCUUAUGAAAUACAAAGAAUUCCUAAGGUCUCAGGCAAAGGAUUAGUGAAUUAUUAUUGUGAGAUAACAUGUUAAAGAAUAACUACUGAAUUGGUAAUUAGUAUUAUUAUUAUAAAUAUUAGGAAAAAUAUUUAUACAAUAAAGCAGAGAAUUUAAGUUUGAUUUCAUAAACUAUUGAUGAAGAAAGAUUUCAUUAAUUUUAAUAAUCAAUUGUAAAUGAAUUAUCAUCUACUUAUAUUAAACAGAAAUCAAAAUCUAUUGUAGGAUUUGAUGAAUAAAUAAAUUCAAUCACAUUAUUGAAAAAUGGAUAAUAAUUAAAAAGUAAAAGAUUAGAAGAAAGAGUACCAGGAUAUAGAAGAUUUAAAGAGGGUGGAAUUGAAUGUUUUAAUAAGGAAGAAAUUAAAGCAUAGGAUGGAUUAGUAUUAGAUUUAAUGAGAUCAGCAGGUAGAUAAUUAUUUGAAGGACGAAAUAUUAUUUCAUUUUCAUUACCUGUUCGUAUAUUUGAACCUAGAUCUAUGAUUGAAAGAAUAUGUGAUUAUUGGGGUUUUAUGCCUAUAUAUAUGGAAUAUGCUUUAGGAUAAUAGGAUGAAAAAGAGAGAUUUAAACUUGUUGUUACAAUGAUUAUAGCUGGUUUAUACAAUGGAGGUAGAUAAAAGAAACCAUUCAAUCCUAUUUUAGGUGAAACAUUUUAAGGUUCUUGGUAAGAUGGAUCAUCAAUUUGCAUUGAACAUACAAGUCAUCAUCCUCCUAUUUCACAUUUCUAUAUAGAACAUUUUAGGAAGAGAUAUAGAUUUUUUGGUCAUUUUGAAUAUUAAGCUGCUUUAAGAUAUAAUGCAGUUAUAGGUCAUUAAGUUGGAGAGAAUGUAGUAGAAUUUAGUGAUGGUUAAAGAAUUACAUUUAGUAUGCCACCUGUUAAAGUCAGUGGUUUAAUUUAUGGUGCUAGAUUAUUAGAAUGGUAUGGGAGUAUCAAAUUUGUUGAUUAAAAGAAUAAUAUAAUUUGUGAUAUUAAAUUCUCUGAGGGUGCAGGUAUGUUAAUUGGAAGAAGUUAGAAGCCAACUGAUUACUUUGAGUAUUUUAUUUAGAUUGUAUUUUUAGGGGGACUAUGUUUUAACAUAACAGAGUAAUAUCUAAAUUAGAAGGUUCUUGGUUAGAAUCUAUUAGUUGGGAUGGAAUUAAAUAUUGGGAUUUAGAAAAGAUAGAUCCAGCCUAUGUCAUCAAAAGUGAGACCCCAUUACCAAGUGAUUGUAGAUUUAGAACCGAUCUUAUUGAAUUAUCAAACAAUAAUUUAGAUGCAGCAUAAGAGUAUAAGAAUUAAAACUAAACUCUAGGGAAAAAACUAGACUUGAAAUCAUUUAGAGAAGAGAUAGAAAACUAAGAUAGGAUCAUAAAAAUAGUAAAUAAAAAUGA